AUGGACGAUUAUUCUCGUCUGUCAUCGGUGCAAGCCGGUCUGCCCGAAUUCGCCAUCUUUCGGCGAUUCAUGCCUCUGCAGGCUCUCCAACUCAACGUUUUGCAGGCCGAGAUUGCACACCUCAGGCAGGGGCUGGGCUUGCACCCGGAGUUGGAAAGAAAACCUGCAAAUACGGAGAAAUGGGUCCCCAGUUUUGCUUUCGACCAGGCCCAAACUUCUGGAGAUCCCCCUCCCAGCCCGACGCUGAGGGCUCUUUGGGAUCGGCUUGACGCAAAACUGGAGAGAUAUAACAACGCACUCCUUCACUACCGGGCUGUCUCUCAAUUACCCUCCGUCGAUCCUUUGCAUCACAGGCACCUUCGCCGAUGGAACUUGGACCUUGAAGGCGGCCAUGGCUGCUUCCAUGGGGUCGAAGCUGCUGUCUGGGAUGAAGAGAACGCAGAGGAUCUCACCUCAAUAGCUAUGCCCACCGACCAUAGAGAUCCUCUCACGUACUUCCUUCACACUCGAUUCCUCCCGUGGUACCACUCCUUGCUCGGGCACAAAUACAAGCAGCGCAUCUGUAUUGCUGAUGCAUACACGGGUGCAAGACAGCAGAUGCCGAUCUACUCUUACUCGGACAAGCUAGUGCUCCUAACCGUGAAUAUCUGCAGCACAGUCUUAUCGUCGAUGAUACCUUCGCUCUGCUCACUUGCCUUGUACUUCAUUCAGCGUGGAGGCGCCAGAAUAGGUGCGAUCGUGGGCUUUACCUUCCUAUUCAGCAUUGUUACCGUGGUGGUCACACCGGCGAAGAGGAUUGAGACUUUCGUGGCCACUGCAGCCUUCGCUGCCGUCCUCAUUGUCUUCGUUGGGAAUGGGACUUGACAUGGGAUGCGCUUGUCAAGUGGUCUUGAAAUCGACACCCUGUGGACCUUCCGGGGGACUAAUCCUAGGACCAAAGGAAGCGCUUGGAUAUGCACGGCUCACAAGUCGCUCACUAGGCUCUGCGAAAAUCAAUUCCCA